AAAUAAGAUAAGUUAUAUGAAGGAAAGUUUUGGUAAGAUGAAAAAUAGAAAGAUCGUGAACAGAGUUGGGAUGAUUAAAAUGCUAAGCUUGAUUAGUGGGCAAGAUUAAGAGUCGACUCCAAAUAGAAUGAGCAGUUUGAUCUUGUGGGUGGCAGAGGUUGCAGAUUAAAGUAAACCAUUGUUUUGUGUUCAUUUAAUCCCCACUUCGGAGCUCUCAGAUUUCUCUUAUCCGGAGCUCUCUCUCUUGAUGUUCUGUAGGUAUGUUUCUGAAAUGGGGUUUUGAAAACAUUGAUGAGCAGAAGAACAGGAAGCUCUAAUUCUAAUUCUGGUGUCAUUUCCUAACCCUGCAGAUUUUCAGGAAAAUAACACUUUUUUUAGAGCUAAACUUAAACAUGGAAGCAAAUAUUUGGAUUUGGCCUCUUUCACUUGUCGGUGUGUGUCAGAUAGAGAUACACGUUUCCUUGUUUUGUCCCCUUUGUGGUUUGCCAACUCUGUUUUCCAUCUUCCAUUGCUUGUUCAACAACUCACUUUUAAACAAUAGUUUAUGAUGCUGCUGAAACUCAAACAAAGUGGAAUUUCAGUCCGACUUCAGACCCUCAAUGCCAUUCAACUGUUGUUUCUGGCUGGUUUUCAGAAUUUCAGUCUCACUCUGAUAAAGGCAGCAACACACUUUAUUUCAACAACCCAAUGUGACCGGGAGAUGCACAUUCUCAACUCAAAUUCCACAACUCCGAGGCUGCGUUUGCGCUGCCAUCCAUUCUUAAAAGCGAGGGGAAGACAGUUUGGGACAGGGACGCCCCAGCUUGUUCAGGUCAAGGAUGCAUUUCAUCCUAAGGAAUUGGCUGUUUGAAAUGAGGUUUGUCCCAAGUGGGUGAUGUGCAUUGUUCAGUGUAUGCAUAA